GCAGGAGCUCCCCACCCGUCCUCGGCACAGCAGCAGCCGCCCCAGCUGGAAGACGGCGGCGGCGGCGGCUGCGGAGGAGGAGGAGGAGGAGGAGGGCUCAAGCAAGAUGAGGAAGAGGGGCAGGAAGAGGAAGAGGAGGCGGGCCCUGCGGGUGCAGGUGGCAGCGGAGGUGGUGGUGGCAGCGGUGGUGGCCGGGCGUCCAACUGGAAGAAGGCCAUGAACCUGCUGCUGCAGCUGCGCAAGGUGUGCAACCACCCCUUCAUGUUCCCGGAUGCGGAACCCGACUUUGACGGCGGAGCGGGGGGGGACAGCGGGGUGCCGGAGGAGCUGGUGACGGGAUCGGGCAAGAUGAUGGUGCUGGACCGGCUGCUUGCUAAGCUGAAGCAGCGGGGACACCGGGUGGUGCUGUUCAGCCAGUUCAACAUCAUGCUCGACAUCAUCGAGGACUACCUGACCGCUCGCGGCUACUCCUACCGCCGCCUGGACGGGAGCACCAACCGCAUCAAGCGCAUGAUCGACAUGGAGCAGUUCAACAAGCCCGGCUCCGACAUCUUCAUUUACAUCCUGUGCACGCGGGCGGGGGGGCUGGGAGUCAACCUGCAG